AUGUUAGCCUGCGUCUGCCAACCCGCGGACCCCGGCCUCUUCCGACGCUCCCCAAUCCCUCUGGGGGCGCCCCCCUUAAAAAUAACCAGCAGGACCGUCGCCCCCAUACCCGGAAGGAGCGUCCGCAUCUCGGGACCCGGUCUGGACGCCCUCAGAAACCAUGAACCCGCGAAAAUAGGCCAGACGUCGGUCCGGUCCGAGGAAAUUCCGCAAACCUCCGAGAGUAGCAAUGAAAAUAGUAAAAAUACAACUCGCGGGAGUUCGAAAGCCGCCAGCGAGUCGUCCUCCAAGUCGAGCUCUUGCGCCAGCUUGUCGGCGGUAAAAAAGAAGUGCGCGAAAAGGUGCAAACACUCCAAGAAAGGUGCUAGUUUACCGAACAGUAGCUCUAAAUCAAGUGAUAAAGAAGAGAUUUCAAGCCUUACGCCGGAUAGCGCGGACUGUGAUAGGAAAUUGGAUGGGAAAUCGAAUGAUUUCGAAAAGCUACCGGACGGAGUGCAGUUGACACUGAGCGAACUGCGCGAGAUGGCUUGCAGGCAGCAGGCCCAGAUCGACUCGCAGCACCAGCUGCUGGUGGCCAAGGAGCAGCGCCUCCGGUACCUGAAGGAGCAGGAGGCUCGCCAGCAGCGCGUGCAGGCCGAGAGCGAGCGCUUGAGGCGGUUGAGGGACCGCGUGGACGCCCAGGAGCUGAAGCUGAGGAAGCUCAGGGCGCUCCGUGGGCAGGUCGACCACCAGAAGCAGAACAACAUCUCUCUAACAAGUGACCUUGACUCGAUCCGCGCUCUGUUCAAUGAGAAGGAGAAGGAGCUAUCUCUGGCUGUGGCCAAGGUGGAGGAACUGACGAGACAGCUGGAGGAGCUCCGAAGGGGACGAUCGACGAGGGACCCUCCGCCUGCGUCGGCUCUCGAGUUGGACAAGCUACGGAGGGAGCUUAUGUAUCGGAAUAAGUUGAAUGAGCAGCAGAACCAGCGGCUGCAUCAGCAGCGGGAGGCGCUGACCGCACGACAGGAAGAGAUGAGUGCUAUCGACAAAAGGAUAUCUGAGCUGCAGGAGAGGUUACACAGGAAGCGGCUUCUAAACCAACAGCUAGCGAAUCAGAUCAGCGCCGCGUCACACAAGGCUGCUUAUCACCAAUUAGUUAGGUUAACUGGAAAUGCUGAACAAAACAACCAGGCAUUCGCUAGAAAACAACAGCAAAAUAGUCAGCCAAACGGCCUAUCUAGAGGAAAUAUAGCUGCUGUGGAACCUUACAAUCAUGUGCCCUUACAGCAGCAGAAUCAACAGAUUAAGAAUAUCAACAGCCAACAGGAGACUACUACAUAUCAUCCAGUAUAUCAACAGAAUCAUCAUAUCAAAAAAGACUCGGAUUCUCCCAACAGCAAUACUGAGGCUCAAGAAUUGGCCAACAAGAUGGCCAACUUGUAUGCGCCCAGGCCAGACGAAAAUGACGCCCUGAAGGACUUCACCGUCUCGAAGAACGACCCCAAAUAUCAGACGCUACCCUACAACACCAAGUUCACGGUGAACCUCCUGCCCAACAGGAUAUCGAAGAACGAGAACAGCAAUGUAAAUAACAAUGACCACAAAGAGGAUGUAAAUAGUCACAUAUCGAACCAUGUAAAUGGCAAUUUUAACCUGCAAUCGACGCAUAUGACUGUACAUAGCGCGCCGUUAAGUAUAGUGAACAAGAACAUCGCUACCCCUUUGAACCAGCAUGAUUUAUUGAGUAGGAAGGUGAGCGACAAUAAGGAACAUGGCUUGCUGAAUGGUGGCGAGGAGUCCUUGGGUAUGAAUCAGCAUCAGAAAGAAAAUACAUAUCCUGCCAUUACUAGUACUAGUUCUGGUACAACAUAUCAAAAGCCCAUCAGUAGUGUUGCCCCCACGUCAAUCCACCACACUGGCAUCCUCUCAAACGUCUACCAAACCUCAUCCAUAAAAGUUCAACCCGUCGAGCCUCAAACGUUAACGACAAGCAAGAACCUAACCUCUAUCUCCUAUAACAGCCAGCAACAGGUCCAAUCGCCCCAGACCAGCAUCUUGUCUCCACCUCAGUCGAGUAGUACGCCAUUAACUGGCACCCCGGAUGUAGCGGAUAAGACUCCGAAACCGGCCUUGCCUCCUAAACCUGCGAUAAAACCCCCACCAAGACAGACGCAGGUUCUAAACGAGGAGAGUGUGCCUCCUCCGUUGCCUCUGAGUGAACCCCCAGAUGACAAUAAGAACGCCGGAAGCAAAAAUGUGCCUGCCAGUCAGAAACAAGGUACCCUCCCGCCUGUGGCUUUGAAUAACCAAAAUAACACCCCCAUCUCGGAGAUGAUAAUCAAGGCUAAACCACUAACCAUAAAAAAACAGCCCUUGAGCGAACAGCCUAAGCUAAGAACCGUUAACACCUACUCAAAACUUAACGGCCUAACAUCGAACAGACGGAUCGAGAUGCCACCCACUUUCCAUUUUCCAGAGCUCCAGAAUCCCGAAAAGGCUCCUGAAAGUCCUCCGUCACAACCGGAAAAGGACGAAACAGACAAAGUAUGUGUCGAGGAACCCGAAAAAGAUGACAAGCCGUUCGACGGUGUCGUCCGUCGUUGUAAGAAAGGCAACCUGAAGCAAACUGGAAAGUCUAACUUAUCUCGGAGGGUGAGCUUCGAUCCCUUGGCACUUCUGUUGGAUGCAAGUCUGGAAGGAGAGCUGGAACUGGUGAAGAAAACGGCGACGCAAGUAGCCAAUCCCAGCGCAGCUAACGAUGAAGGCAUAACUGCUCUGCACAACGCCAUUUGUGCUGGGCACUUGGAGAUUGUAAAAUUCCUUGUAGAGUUUGGGUGUGACGUGAACGCACAGGACAGCGACGGUUGGACGCCCUUGCACUGUGCUGCGAGCUGCAAUAAUUUAACCAUGGUAAAGUUUUUGGUGGAGCACGGAGCUUGCAUCUUUGCGACGACUUUGAGCGAUCACGAAACGGCCGCUGAGAAGUGCGAGGAAGACGAGGAAGGGUUUGAUGGAUGCUCGGAAUAUUUGUACAGUGUACAAGAAAAGCUUGGAAUUUUGUCUGGAGGAGUGGUGUACGCAGUUUUUGACUACACGGCGCAGCAACCUGACGAGCUUAGCUUCAAGGCUGGGCAGGAAUUUACAGUCUUAAGGAAGGGUGAUGAGAAUGAAAGGGAGUGGUGGUGGUCCCGUUUGGGUGACAAAGAAGGAUACGUUCCUCGAAAUCUUCUCGGACUCUACCCGAGGGUGACGAGGACAGAGGAAUGAGAGACAUAUUAUGUAUCAUAAGAAUAUAUAGUACCUUGGCCUUUUUGCUCUAUCGAAAUAAAAGAUAUUGUAUACAUCUCUUAUAUGUGAAAUGAAAUUUGUACCUUUGCUCAAUAUAUCGUUAUAUAUUGUA